UAUUCGGUUCAUCCGAACGAAAAGCGGGGAGUUUUUAGCCAUCCGUCCUGGACCGUUACAGAUCGGCGGCCACAAAGGUGGCACCGCAGAGCCACUCCAGACAGUGAUAAGGGCUCAGAUACACAGCGGGAGCUGUUUUCUGCUAGUGUCUGGCAUUCUUUCGGCAAGCCGGCUCGUUAAGAGACAGCACAGCAGUGGAGCUUUUAUUCGGCUUCUCACAAAUUCAGCUGACAUUUUAGAAGAUCCAUACGAGACCUUUCAGCGAGAAGGAGAGGGCGAGAAAGAAAGAAAGGGUAAUGCAAAGCUCGGAGGGGAUGGUGUGAAAAAGAAGAGCGCUAGAAUCCGAAAAGGGAAAGCGAAGGAGCGAAUCAGAGCUCCCUGCACAUCUUCAUCAUUACCGGAUCACCCCUCAUCUUCCUCGUCGCUCACUACCAUCUGCAUCUCUGAUUCAGAUCAAGAAAACGAACCAGCCACCCCCAGCACCCCACAAACUCCACACACACGUCCAAACCUACAGGCCAGUCCGGAUGUGGCAGAAACACACAUGGAUGAAUCUCAAGAAACGCAACGAAAGAAUGAGUUCAGCUCACAAACUCUCUUCAGCGGUGAUCCAGCUAAUGACAUUCACAUUCAAAAGGAGUCGGAUGACUCUGUUCCCGUGUACGACUCUCUGAAGUUCUGUGCCAGCAAAAACACCGACAGGAUCUACAUCUACGACAAGGAUGGCCUCCCGCUCCACUGUAACUUCAUUCCCUUGGAUAUCAGACUGCAGAAUUGGGAGGAACUGCCAGCAGAAUUCAAUCACAGCGAGAACAGGAGUCAGGUUGUGCGAUUCAUGCGCGAGUGGAUCUCUCUGACUGCGAUGAGGCAGAGGAUGGUGAGGAAGAGUGGAAGAGUGUUUCACAGCCCUAUCCUGCUGCUAGAGGAGCUCAGUCAAUCCCAGCGCCGGCACAGCAGCACCUCCAGGUAUCUCUCCAGACAGGAUGUAGCUCAGACCUCCAUCACUGUGGCCCAGAAAGAGGGCGGAGCUCUCCGCAUCAUCAAAAAGGACAACAUCGGUCCGAAAAGACAAUCCUCAUCCGAACCUACUGACCCCAGCAACAGAGAAGCAGAGAGCUCGGUGUGUGUUCAGACAAACACUACAGCCGGUUACCUGCAGGCCGUGGACUCGGCCGGGACCCCCCUGUGUCUGUCCUGCCAGAAGCCCAGCGGGGAGCACCGCGGCUGGGCAGGAGGCUUCUGCAGCCCUGCCUGUAUGGAGGACUUCCAGCUGCGCUCCAAUCAGGGCUACAUGCGCGCCCGCGUGCUGGAGACGGAGCAGGGUGUGUGUCAGCACUGCGGACUCAAUGCCCACCAGCUGUACGUGCAGGUCCGGGACGCCCCGCGCACACACCGCAAGGAGAUGCUGGACAACACCUGGCUGGCACAACUCCCUCUCAAACAGCUGAAUGAAAUGAUUCAGAGUCCCGUUGAAGGACAGUUCUGGCAGGUGGACCACAUUAACCCCGUGUACAGAGGAGGAGGACAGUGUUCCCUCGAGAACCUUCAAACCCUUUGUACCGUCUGCCAUCGGAUGAGGACCGCACAGCAAGCCAAAGACAGAAGUCAGAUGAAACGAGACCAAGCCGCCUCCAAACUGGCCUCUGACAUCACACGAUUCUUCAUCAAGAAAUGAGCCGUUCCGUCUGCAACUAUUAAAAACACAUAUUCAGAGCUGUUGCCUUGGAAAUGACCCGCCUGCCAGAGGUGUUAUUUACCAGCAUCUGCAGUGUUUGAGGAUUGUAAUUUAGCCGAUUGGGUAGCUGUUUUUAAUCACUGCUCUCAGCAAGAGACAAAAUAACUUUUAUAUUCGAUGUGUUCAACCAUAAAUUAAAUAAAGUCACUAAAUAAACAUGUUCC